AUGGCGGCUGAAGAAGCUCAGGUUCGUAAUAAUGGUGGCAAUCAGACUACUGGAGGUAAUCUUGAUCCCUUUUUCAUUGCUUCGUCUGAUAAUCCGAUUUCUUCUUUAGUUGCUGUUCAAUUUUCUGGUUUGAAGGAACCUGAUGUUAGUCAUAGUGAUUAUCAUAGAUGGAAGAGAGCUGACUAUAUGGUAGUUAGUUGGAUUUUGAGUUCUAUGAGUGCUGAAUUAGCUGAUGAUUUUGCAUAUAUUGAUUCUGCUAUUGAACUGUGGUCUGAAUUGCAUGAGAGAUUUGGUCAGUCUAAUGGUCCUUUGGUGUAUCAAUUGAAGAAGGAGAUUGAUGCUUUGAAACAAGAAAAUCUAAGUAUUAUUGCUUAUUAUUGCAAGAUUAAGAAAUUAUGGGAUGAAUUGCAGAGUUUGAGAGCUUUUCCUACCUGUACUUGUGGAGCUCUUACUAGGUGUACUUGUCAAUUUCUGAAGAAAUUAGCUGAUCUUGAAGGAGAAGAUCGUUUGAUGCAGUUUUUACUUGGACUUAAUAGUGGUUUUGAUUCAACUAUUACUAAUAUUCUGUCUAUGGAUCCUUUGCCAACUAUUAAUCGUGCCUUCUCAAUUACUCAACAAAUUGAGAAACAAAAGGAAGUCAGUGGUUCUGUGGAACAUGUUACUGAGUCUAGUGCAAUGGCUGCACGGAGAAUGAUAAGGAAUGGUGUGCAGAAGUUUGGUCAGAAUUAUUCUAAGACUGGAAGAAGGAGAAAUUCAGGUAGUAAAAGAGUUGGAGGACAGUCCAAUGGGCAAAGGUUUGCUGCAAAUGUUCAUGCUAGUCAAGAUGCUGAUUCUCCUCUUGAUUCUGAUGGUAACAUUGAUAAUUCUAGGAUCAGUUCAGAUUUGCUGAGUGCUAUUUGUCAAGAAGUAAUGAAGACUAUGAAAGGGAAGCAGUCAGUUGGUGAAACUAGAUCAACUUUUGCUAACUUUGCAGGUAAUGAUUCUCUUACUUGUGCUGUUAGUAAAACUGGUGAAAAUUGUUUGUGGAUUGUUGAUUCUGGUGCUUUUGAUCAUAUGGUAUUUGAUGAAAGAAUGUUUGUGUGUAAGAUGUUUCUUGAUAAACCUAUUAGAGUUGUUUUGCCUGAUGGAACAUACAAGUUUGUUAAAAUGGACCCUUCUAAUGAGGAGAUGGUUGGACAUGGUAGAAGACAGAAUGGUCUGUAUUAUUUCACUAAGGAGGUGACAGAGAAGACUGAAGCUGCAGGUAGUGUUUUUAAUGAGAACAAUGCAGUUUGUUGUAAUAGUGUUGGUAAUAAACAGAUCUCUGUUUUGCCAAAUAAGACUGCUACUGGUGACAUUAGUAAGGAGAAUAAGGUUAGCUUGGAUGUUUUACAUGCUAGAUUGGGACAUGUAUCCUUGUCCAAGAUGAAACAAUUACAUGUUUGUGACUGUACUGGUUUAAAGGAAUAUAAUUGUGCUGUUUGUUUCAAUGCAAAGCAACAUAAAUUUCCUUUUCAUGUUAGCACUAGUAGAGCUGAUGCAGUGUUUGAUCUUUACAUAUAG